AUGGCACGACCGUUGGAAAAGAUCUCUGAUGUUAACGAUGAAAAGGAACUUUGGAAAGUUGUUGUUAAAAUACAUCACAAGUGGAGUGUCAUCUCUAACAACAGGGAACAUUUUGAAAUGGUUGUUUAUGAUUCUGAGGUUGAGAUUGGGUUAUUGGGAAGCGUUAAUGUCGAAUAUUUUGUAUUCCUCUUUUGUUUUGUGGAAACCGUGUGUCUUUGUUCUAAUAGGUUUAUAUUUGGUUGCAUGGAGGUGUUAAAGAGUGGAAGUGAUAUCCAUGUUAUCGUACCUCCCGUUUACAGGCAGAAUUUUGAUUCGGUGUUUGUUGUUAAUGAUACUUACACUAUUGCGAACUUCCAAGUUCAGCUGAAUGAUCUGCUGUUCAAACCUUCUGCUCACAAGUACCUCCUUAAAUUUACUGGUGGGACAAAAGUUGGGGAUAGAAAUGUGCAUCAGAUUCAGGAAAAGGCUUGCAGACUCACUCCUUUUCUUGAUAUUUUAACUGGGAAAUGGAAUAAGGAUCAACCUUUAGAUGUUAUCGGAGUGGUUGAUGAAAUUGGGUACACACAGGUCCAGGUUGGAAGUAAAAAGCAACAGGUCAACUUUGUCAUUCGCGACUUGAGCAACAACACUAUCACGGUUACGUUAUGGGAGGCGUACGCGGUGCAGUUUAUGAACUACAUUGAACAGCAGGUCGAUACUGCAAUUCCUGUUGUGGUUAUGAUUCAAUAUGCAAAGGUCAAAGAAGCUUUUGGCAAAUAUCCUCUAUCUGUUACCAACACUUACAAUGUCACCGAAUUGGCUAUUAAUGAAGACGUGGAGACAAUCAAACAAUUUGCCAAAAUGCUUACACAGGAUACUAUAGUGGCUGUCUCAGGCCUUCUCAGUCAUCAGUCUCAGGGAAGGUCGCAAAACUCAUACAGUUCUCGCCAAUCACCUACCCAAAAGUUGUUGUCUAAUGUUGUUCUUCUUCCACUUGAGCAGAUAGUUAAACUCAAAGACACUACUUUUUGUGCCACGGUUGCUACAAUUGCAAAAAUUGUUGCUUCAAAAUAUGGCUGGUACUACCAGGCAUGCCAUGAGUGCCCAAAUAAAGUCACUGGUGAUAGACCUCCGUACAAGUGUGUCAAGGGACAUGAGACUGAAACUGCCAUUUUCAGGUAUAAAAUAGAGGUGGGUGUUCUUCAUGCUGGUACAAAAUGCAAGUUUGUUUUAUGGGACAAGGAGAGUGAAGACCUAUUGGAAGUCUCGGCUGCUCAUAUGCGCGAAACAAUGUUUCAGGCUGGAAUAUUUGUUGGUGGUAUUCUAGAGGUGGCUUGA